AAUAUAAUACAAUAAAGCUUUUAUAUAUUGUUGUGUGAUGAUAAUGAUGAUUCUGUUCGGGUUGAGGUUUUGUCUCGUAUGAUCAUAAGUUAUGUUGUAGUCUCUUCCUCAGUUUUUUGUAGUGUAAAACAAUGGGUCCAACAUGGUUUGGUAAAAUCUACAACAAGCUUGAAACGAUACUUGUGGAGGUGGACACUUUCACUUCACAGAGCACUCUGUGUUUGAAUUCAAGUGAUCCUUCAGGAUGGGAAUCUGUAAGAGGUGAACCAGAUGAUAGGCUUACUUCACCGAGCUGUGAAAGAAGUCCUUCUGACCCACCAUCACAUCAGAACUUUGACGUUUUAGGAAAUUUUGGGGUUGAGGAACAAGUUGAAGAGGAUAUCAUGAAGGAGGAUUUAUCAGUCUCCUCCUCCUCGUCUUCUUCUGAUGGAGAAACACUCUCUAGAAUUUCAUUGAUUCAAGAGUACUGUGUUGGUAAUCUGACAUUAGCUCCUCAGAUCACUAACGCUUCAACUCCUCAGAGAUCUUCUUCUGGAGAAGAAGUUAGGGUUGAGUCAUUCAGAGAUUUUGUUUCCACAGCUACGCUUGAGAUCUCGAUAGAUGGUUCAAAUCUAAAUCCAACCGACACAAAGUUUCCAGAUGCACCUGCUGAAGCAAACAUGAGAUCCUCUAAUGAGGAUGAUGUGAUUAAUGAUGGCAAGCCUGAUGCUCCAUUGGAUACCAAAGCAUUGUCCGGGAUAACAUUUCAAGAAGAAGACCCUGGGUGUGUUGACGACAAUGAACUCUAUGCUCUCCAUUUUAGGACCAAGAAGCUCAGAUCAGUAAAGAGAAAGAUCUUGGAUGCUUUAACUACAAAAAGAAUAAGAGAGAAGGAGUAUGAGCAGCUUGCAAUUUGGUUCGGAGAUGCAGAUAUGGGUUCUGAUCUGGUCAGUGAUGACUCUGAAGCCAUAGACUCCAAAAGCUCGCAGGUACAUGAAUCAGCCGAUUCCCAAUGGGAGCUAUUGUGAGAGUCAUGCUUACAUCAUUUAGUACCUUUGUAUAGUGAGACUCCUAUUGCUUUAUUAAAAACAUAAACGAGCUAAUCGGCUCUGAGAUGCAAACUUUUUUUUGACAAUGAAUAACCAAAAGCUUAUCCUA